AACCAGACUCAGUCGCCACCGUUAACUCUUUGAAACUGGACGCAGCGAGCGGCAAAAGAAGGAAAUAAAACAUAAUAACACAAUUCAAACGCGCUCGCGCCAAAUUCAGAAAAAUUAAACACAAAUUUGAGAGAUUUAAAAAAAAAUUUAAGCAAACAAAUUAUAAAUUUUUAACGCAAGAGCUAAGACCCAGAUAAGUGCAGUGUGACCCAUAAGCAAGUUAAACCAAACCCAAAUUGGAGCAGUGUCAGUGCGUGAGUGCCCCCUGAUAACUGUUAACUUAAAGCAACUCCCCCUCCGCCCCAACCCAACCCAACCCACCCGUAGUUGUAUGUGAACCGGCGAUCCAAUGAAAAUGGAAGAUCCCACCAUCGCCGAGUCAUACCUGCAGGAAUUUAAUUUGGAUCAUUUGGGCGAAGGCGUGGCCGGCAACACGGUAACAACCCUAACGCCGGUGACCGUUGCCGCCAUUGGGCAUGUAAAGCGCGAGGAUCACAGUCCACCACAGCCGGCCAAAUGGACGACAGUGCAUGGCCCUGAGCCGCCAGCGGAUGAUGAGACGGAACCGCCUCCAAUGCCACUGCCACUGCCACUACCCGUUGCUGUACCGGAAGCGGCCGGAGCUGACGGCUCCCAGCUGGCUUCUGUAUCGCACAUAAAGCUGCGCUCCUUUUCGGGACAUCAGUGGCACAUAGACGAGCGGCGCUUGCAGCCGCUGAGCCCGCCGCCCGAGGGCUAUGUGGGCGAUCCCGUUGGUGGUCAAGCUGUGUUGGUUAACACCGCCGCUUCUGCCGCUGCCGCUACUGUGCCUGGCGGCGUGCCCUCCACACCGCCAGAGACACCACCCGUGGUGGGCUCACCCACGGGCAGCAGCAGCUGCCCCAGUCAGGCAUAUGCGCAUCAUUAUCAUGCCGGACGCGCCAAUCCCGGCGCCAAUGUGGCCGCCGUGGGUCUCAGUCAGGAGAUGAUGUGGCUGCCCAAUUCGAUGCGUGCCGAUCAACAGCCGCUAGAUUUGCGUCCGCUUGCCUGUCCCGGCACACAGGAGGAGGCCGAGGAGUGGGAGCGUCAAAGGGAGUAUGCCAUGCAUGCCGCCGCUGCGGCGGCACAUCAUCAUCAUGGACAUCCGCUGAUGCAGAGCCACCAUCAUCAUCAUGCCCAGACAAGGCAUAUGCAGGCACAACAUCCCCCGCAUCAUGCCCAUCAUCAUUUUCACAGUCUGGAGCACGCGCUGCCCAUUAAUAUGCACUCGAACUCCGCCAACUCGUAUGCGGGCAGUCCUGGCCCUGUUACCGGUGGUGCCCCCGGCAGCCUAUGUCAGACGCUCACCAAUUGUGGGCCACAGCUGCCCUCAGCUUGCAGCAGCAGCGGAGCCAGCAGCGCCUCCAAUUCACGUGGCUGUGUACGCUCCAUUCUGCAGCCCUGCCGCCCGCUCUCGGCGAGCUCGUCGCGUAGCUCUAACAAUUCGCCACGCACCUGCUCCGGUGCCUACAGCAAUGCCACGCUGGAGGAUUGCAUCAAUGAUGACAUGCUGACCACGUUGACUGUGAGAGAGCUCAAUAAACGCCUGCACGGCUGCCCACGGGAGGAGGUAGUGCGUCUGAAGCAGAAGCGGCGCACGCUAAAGAAUCGUGGGUAUGCACAGAAUUGCCGCUCCAAGCGGCUGCAUCAGCGCCACGAACUGGAGAAGGCCAACCGCCAGCUCAACCAGGAUCUGCAUCGACUCAAGAUGGAGUAUUCGCGCGUUUGCCAGGAACGCGACGCACUGAUGCUGCGCCUCCAGCAGCAGAGAACUGGCGCCGCCGCCGGCGCGGACAGUCAAAGCUCACCGGAGUUCUAUCUAUGACGCCAACUGGCGGCGGCUCCAACGGCUUCCACCUCAAAUAACUCGCAUCCGCUGCAGCAGCAGCAGCAGCAGCAGCCUCAGUCGCAGUCACAGUCGCUGCCGCCGCAUCGUGCCUCGCAUUCUCAUCCGCAUUCGCAGUGGCCGCCACAGCAGGUGGUUAACUAAUCUGAUCUGGUAAAUGACGCCAAAAUAGUCCACAAGUGAAAAGGGUUCCCCAACAAAUUUGAACUACAUAUUCAAAAUCCCGUUAAUAUAAGACACAUUUCGUACAUACAGUUUCCCUGGGACCGUACUAUAGUUUCCUAAAUAAUAUCCCGUUAACAAUAUUUGCUAUUAUAUCAUAUUUUACUAUGGUAUCUUUUCGAAAAUGUUUUUCAAAUAAUAUAUUUUCAAGCAAACCCCCAAGAAAUUAAAAUAUGGUUUAGCCCACAAAUAAAUACUUUGUUCUAUAGUUUUGAUUGUCUACAAAAAUUGUUUUCAAAAUCAUUUUAUCCCUAAUGUCUAAAAACUUGAAAAAAGAUAGAAAGAAAUUCAAAAUAAUUUCCCAAAAAUAUCCUUAAAAUAAAAAAAAGCCUAAAGAAUACACAAUAUAUGAAGCUUAGCUUACACAUGAAAUCACUUUAAAUCAUCUUUGAUUAUAUAAACUUUUCCCAAAAAUUAUAGCUCAAAGAAAACUUAAAAAAUAAAUAAAAAGAAUGCAGGGAACAAUAUCAGGUUUCCUUAACAUUUUUUUAUAUUUAUAUUUAAAUAGGGUGUACCUAUAUUUUUGAAUUUUUUUUCAUGCCUUUUAAUAAGUUCCAUACUAAACCACGUUUUGGAAAACUUGUUAAAAUUUAGUUAUUAAAUUAUAAUUUAAUUAAUAUUUUCAUAUGUGGAUUAUUUCAGAGCGUCCCCCUUAUCAAUUUACUACUGCAAAAAAAGGUAUUUUCAUGCAUUUAUAAACCUCAGAAUUCAUUUAAACAAAUCGUUUUCACUUUCAAUUUGUGACAAUAAAAUAUUUCCAAAUAAUUUUGUAAGUUCUUGUUAAGUUAUCGAUCGAUGCGAUACGAAUCGAUUUAAAUCGAACAUUGGCUGAUAAUUGGCUGUCGUAUAGGGAGAGAGAGAGAAAGAGAGAGAGAGAGAGAGAGAGAGAGAGAGAGAGUGGAGAUCGCACACCCCGAACACUUAGUUCAAAUUAUUGAUUAUGAAUUGUAGAAAAAAGGAAUUUAAACAUAAAACAAACAUUUUUGUCAGCUACUGAUUAAUGAUCAAUCGACCGAUCGCAACAUUGUAUUACAAAUUACGAGUUAGUAACACACGCUUAUUUGUUGAUUAGUUAUAGCUUUAGUUUUUUCUAGUAUUAAGUGAGAGAUGACAACAACAACCAAAAUAUCGUAUACCCUAUACAUAGGGUUAGACUAAAUAGCUGUAUAGCAUGUUUCAUAGCAGACGCUUUCAUUUGGUUUCCAUAUCACAAACACAUACACAUACACACACACACACACACGCAUACACACUCCUGUAAUACCCUGCAAAUGCAAUAAAAAAAGAUAUAUAAGAAAAACUAUAAACUAAAGGUUGUAUUAUGUUUUAAACACAAGCACUUGAAACAGUUGAAAAUACUAAUGAAAACCAAGUCCUAUAAAUGUAAUUAAAUCAAUGAAAAACAAAAAAAAAACAAAUAUUGUAAAUACAAAUCAAAUUGUAUAAAUUCUAAGCUAAACAUUCGAU